AUGGGCAGCAUCAGGCGGCACAAGAAUGCGAUGAGCGCUUUGCUGGCCGAGUUCUACGAUAAGCCCAACAACAAUCUCGAGUUCGGUGACGAGUUCGACGAUUAUAUUGUCAAUAAAAAGCGGCGUGAGGACGAGGGCACCGCCGGCAGCAUGUGCCAGAGCAUCGUCCGGUACGCCCGGCCCCAGAAGGCCAAGGCAGCGUCGGGCGAGUGGAAGUUCAUCGUCAACACGGGACAGCACACGCAGACGCUGCGUCUGGAGAAGUGCAGCAAUCCUGGCGAAAGCUGCUCGUAUCUGGCGCAGACGUAUCGCUCGCACUGCUCGCAGGUGUACAACUACCAUCGGCUGCUGAGCUGGGACAAGGUGCGCGGGCUGCAUGUGGACAUCUUCAAGGUGCCCACCUGCUGUUCGUGCCAGGUGGACGGCUAUCGGCAGCAGUUUCCGCCGCUGUCCUCCAUCCAGGCCAAGGAGUACUCGCCCGGCGGCUACAAGCUGGACAAUGGCAACAGCAACGGCUACAGCACCAUCAACGAGGAGGACCUGGACUACAACGAUGAGAGCGACGAGGACGACUUGGGUCUGAGCUAUGCGCCGAACAAUGAGCUCAGCUAUCUGAGCAGCAAGAAGGUGCGCGCCAAGCUGCCAGCGCCAUCUAGCGUUGGCCCCUAUCUGAGUCCGCCGGACGACGAGGAUCCCUUUGCCAUUGGCGGCUACAAGGGCCACAAGAGCAGCAGUUCCAUUGGCAGCUCGAGCUCGAAAAAGUAUUACAGCCAGCUGAGCCGCCGGCGGCCGCAGCAUACGGAGGCGCGCGUCGACAUCGACAUGGAUCUAUCGCCCAGCGAGACGCAGGCCGAUCAAGAGGUAAACGUAUUGGCUGGGGAGCAGCCGCGCGUGCCCAUCAAGCGCAAGCGUAUUUAUACAACCACUACUACCACCCACGCAGCCACAACUGGGGGACAUCAAGGAGCAUCAACUCGAGUACGGAUACCCGUACACCUAUCCAGCAAACCAUCGAGCACAGCCGCCACCAGCAGUCUACCAGCCCGAACUGGAACCGCAGCUGCGGCUGGAAUCGGAGCCGGAGCCGGAGCCGGAGCCGGUGUCGGUACUGCCACCCAUGCCCACCAAGCGACUGCUGCAUCCGGCUCAAUUGCAUCAUCUAACCCUGCCCUCGGCCAGGGCCAGGGCCAGGGACAGGGAUCGGGACAGCGCUUCCAAAAGUCGCGACCACGUUUCUAUGCACCACAGCCUACGACGACCUCUGUCGCAGUUGCUCCCAGCAACGCGAUCCCAGUCAGCCCAGAGGCGUCACUACCAACCACCUACGUUCAGCAGAGGAAGCAGCAGCAGCAAUCGACGGCAUUUCCACAGCCGCCGCUUGUGAACUCCAUAUUCGACAACAACAACAACAACAACAACAAUAACAAUGGCACUCGCCGCAUCAAUUAUAGCUAUCAUCCCAUCAUCGACUUCUUCGAGAAGAACAGGCGCACAGAUGGGGCAGMUGUGAGCUCGCUCGACGAUCAGGAGCCCGACUACGCUGUGGAGGAGUCGCGGCUGGUGGAGCAACGUUAUCCAUCUAGAGUAAAGGCAAUUGCGGCCACGCUGCCGACUGCUGUUAAUCUGGGCGUGGGCAUGGGCGUGGCCUAUCAACAUGUGGUGCCCACAUCGCACGAGCGUAGAAUGGGCUUUGGUGCCGGUGGUGCGGUUGGCGGUGCUGUUGGUGGUGCUGGACGCUAUGGCUAUGCCAACGACAAUGCCUGGCAGCCGCUGGUUGUGGAUCAUUAAACUUAAGACGCAUGCAACUCCCUUAGCUUAAACCUCUAUACUCCCAUGGCUAACAUAGAUAGCUURUUGUAUUAAUCGCAUCGAAUCGAGACUCAUCUGGCUUAGCUUGUAGUUGUGCCUCCUAUACUUGCCUAGUUACUGCAACUGAAUGACGUAAUUGCCUAAUCUUACCUAACUCUAUGUCUAACAGCAUCCAAUUAAUUAAUUAAUUAAUUAUUCAAUAAUUAUUUAUUUAUUUAUUUCGUAGCAAGUAGCGAUGUUUUCGAAAACAAA